AUGGACGACCAAGCAUAUCUCGAGCCCGGCUUUGACCCCUCGACUCUGACCGUGCCACGCCUCCGCUCCAUCCUGGUCGCGCACAACGUCGAUUAUCCAUCCUCUUCCAAGAAGAGCCAGCUCAUCGAAAUCUUCAACGAGAGCGUCCUUCCACAAGCGCGCAAGAUCCGUCAGGCCAACUCGCGCGUGAAGCGCACAAGCAGAGGUAUCGAAGACAUCGGCACUGGUCGCAAGGGCACUGGCGCUGGCGAUCCUCUUGACGAUGAUAUUCCUCCUACACCCGCGACAGGACGCAGCACACGACGAACUACACGAGCGCGAACAGAAGAGGCUGUCGAGGUGGAUCCUACUCCGAGAGGUGUGAGACAUAGCACGGCUCCACCUGAAGGAGUGACGCCACGAGCAGUCUCUGGAAAGCAUGCGCGGACUGUCGAGACGGUGAGAGAGGAAGAGCCUGAGCCUGAGCGGAAGAGAGUCUCGAGAACACCCAGAGUUAGUGCUGUCACUCCAACUGUCAAGCGUGAAGAUGAGGACAGCCCCUUCUCCAACCAGAACGUCUUUCAAUCAGCCAGCUCAUCAGAAGUUCGCAGUCGAGACCCGGAUCGCAGACGAACGACGCUGGGCAACACCGCCGCUAGAGACCUGGAGCGUCGCCACCGAGAGCUGCGCAGACAGACAGAUGGUGUCAGUCCGAUCAAGAGACAGGUGGACGGUGCGGUGGUUCCUUCGCGGAAGACCUUUGAUGUCCCGGUAUCCGCCUUCAAACAAGAGGAGAUCGAACCCAGCGAGGAGUUCACGCCAGAGGAACAUAUGGAAAUGGUACAAGCGCAACAAGCAGGAGAGCUCGUGCCAGCAACACGACGAACGAAGCGACCGGGAUCGAACGCCAAAGUGGGCGUGGGUGCUGUGUUCAGUGUGGUCAUCGCUGCUUUGGGAUACUUCUGGGGGCAAGAGAAGUUCAAUGUGGGAUACUGCGGUGUUGGACAUCCAUCGACUGAGCUUGCAGGAGUGGAGAUUCCGCCAUGGGCUGAUCCAUUACGUCCAGAAUGCGAGCCUUGCCCACCUCACGCCUACUGCCAUGAGAACCUGCACACCGAGUGCGAGAACGGUUUCGUACUCACACACCACCCACUGUCCAUCAACGGGCUCAUUCCAAUUCCUCCCACCUGCGAGCCGGACAGCGCAAGAGCUAGAAAGGUCGAAUCGGUCAAGUCGCGAGCAAUUGAGAGCUUGAGACAGCAAAACGCAGACUACGAAUGCGGCUCGGCUACGAAGCCAGAGAUCAAGGAGACCGAUCUCAAACAGGCCAUCAGCACCAAGCGCCGCAAGGGCAUGACGAAUGAAGAGUUUGAAGACUUGUGGGCCUCCGCCAUUGGUGAAGUCGCGCAGAUGGAUGAAGUGCACAGCGGCGCAGACGGUGCCGGACACGCCGUCCUCCGAUCCAGCAGCGAAGCCUCCAUCCCCCUCGCCUGUGCCAUCCGACGAUCGCUUCGCCAAACGCUUAGAGCAUAUGUUUGGUGGAUUUUAGCCAUUUUGUUCGUCGCGUCUUCUGGCUCGUACGGGAGAUAUCGCAUCACAUCGGGCAAUGAGACGGAGAUUCAGGCGAAGCGUCUUGCGAGUCUCGCGCUGGAGAAGUUGUCUGUCCAGGCUUCGCUGCACGCAUCAGAUCCCAGCGUGUACCCCGAAAACUACAUCAGCGUCGCUCAUUUGAGGGAUGAUGUCCUGCGAGAUGAGUUCAGACCUGAGCGGAGGAACAAACUCUGGGAGAAAGUGCAGAAGAAGGUGGAAGGCAACGCCAACGUCCGGCCGAUGGUGAGGGAAGGCAAGUCUGGAGAUGUCGGCCGCGUGUGGGAGUGGGUCGGUGCCGUGGGCUUGUUGGAGAACAGCCCUGGCGAGGGUGGUGCUGCGAGGAGGAGGAAGAGUGGUCGUGUGAGUUUUGCGGAUGAGGGUGAUCUUUCUUCUUCGUCGAGGAUGCUGGAGGGGAGUUCGAUGGGUGGCGACAGGAGUGAGGGACAAGUGCAGCGGUGGCAGGAGAAUCGGACGUAUUAUUGA